GAUGGUCUUUAAAUAUCCAAUAUAAAAAGUUCUAAAAUUAACAUUAAUAACAUUAAUCUGAUUCUAAAGUUGAGCUAGUCAGAUGACCUAAGCUUGGUAAAUUCAAGUACAUUGCCAAUUAACUGCACAUAUCAAUUGCAUAUUUUUUCUUGAGCUUCUCCUUCUUUAGAAACUGAGACAUCUUACUACCUCUAAUUUGCUCAUAUGGAAAUUGCUUUUUGACUCCAUAACAUUUAGUUCCACCUCUCUGGAUCUGAUUUUAUUUCAGAUAUAUUUUGUGGCGAAGGAGACCAAAAUGAUACAGAAGGAGAAGCUGUGUUACCAUUUUACACAAAAGACCUCUAACCUUUUUAGGUAUUAUUUCCAGUCUUCUCAACAGAGUUUGAAAAAUUAUUCACUUCCUUUAACAGUCUGAAAUAGAAAGUUGAGCUGAAUUUGGCUUUCAAAGACCUUAUAAAAAAAGAGAAAGGUUAAGACUUUCUCAAAACAAGCCACUGUUAGGUGCUGAUUAGCUUAUGAUGAAAUAAGUUGAAAGCCUUGAGUCCUAUUUCCUUACCAGAAAUUGACUUAAAGUGAGCUAUUUAUGCAAGGGCACUUAAAAAGCCCAAAAGCUCUCUAAUUUUGAGUGUCCAGUUUUUCUGAGUCUGAUUUUUCUGUGUCUUUGAAAUCGAACAAAAUCAAUAGAAGCUGAGACAAUUCAACAGUUCUUAAAAAUCAGGCUUUUGGUAUUAAAAAAUGGAAACAAUCAAAGUUAGAUCAACCUUUACAAACUAUAAUCUAAACUUCUGGGACCUAACCUUCGCAUGAUGUCAAGUGGGCGUGACAGUAUUAUAGACAAAACUCUUCAUAUUAAUUACAAACAGUAUUCUGCACAACGGCUACCUUAAAUAAGUAAAACUGCAGAUGCGAAAGAAAACGCUGGGAAGUUAGGACACGCCACUGGUGUGGUUUCCCAUCAUGUUACAUGUAACUCAACAGCCUUUUCACUUUAUGAUACCUGUGGCAGGUACUGUACAGGGUGUGUCAUGAAGGAGGGCGACAGGAGAGCACCCGUCCUCGCCCAAGGAAAAGACUUUGACCCUUGUAUUAGUCAACCACAGACUCACGGGGUACCUGAAGUGCUUAAAACUCAUGUGCUUUCCCAGAUGCAGCCUAAUGGCUCUUUGCCUUCUCGAAAGGGACCUCCAACUUUCCACCUCUGUCAAAUGAAGAGGAGACAUGCUCGACAGGGACAGAAUUUAAUAAACAGCCCUGCAACACUGUGAAGAUGCAGAAGGCCAAGUUUUAGAGAGGAAAUGCAUUACUUUGUUCUCACACACAACAUUGUGCCAAUAAAUAUUUGUCAUUGUAUUCGUUAGGUGUGGCAUCUCCAGAGUAACUACCUGCUGCAGUUGAAGCUUCAAACAGAUUGAAAAAGUUCCUCUGUGGGCAAAGAAAGGUGAUUUUGUGCUUCUGUGGAGCACGGGAACAUGCAGCCUGCAAUACCUUGGCAAUUUGGUGUACCCACAAGGAAACAGAUGACUAUCCUCCAUUGCAAAGUGCUGGCUUGCAAGAUAACAAUAAUUUCAUUUAAAAAAAGUUACGGAGCUGUUUGCAACUGUCUACUGUAAUUAUUUUACAUGGAAAACAAGUUCAGUCUGGUCUUAACCAGGGGACAACAUAAACAUCUACUAAUAGAGAAGAAACAAAGUUUAAUUUGCUCAUGGAUCAGUGAAGUCCAAAAAUGUGCAUUCAUUUUGGGUGGACUCUGCCCUUUCUCAGCAUUUAAGAUUCAGGAGUGAGGGCCAGUGGAGCUUAGAGAGGAAGACAGUCCUCACAAUUUGUAUCCACUCCUGGCUUUACUGACUGCUGCCCCAGUAAUAAAAAACCCAGAAGCUGAAUACAUCAAUAAAUAAAUAAGGCUUUUUUAAGAGGUGACAUGAACCUUGAAGAGUAUUUUGCAAGAACUGGCUAUAAAGGUUCCCUUGAAAAACAAGAUUUGGAAACCUUAACCGAUAUAUUCCAGCACCACAUCCGUGCUGUUCCCUUCGAAAACCUCAGCAUCCAUUGCGGGGAGAAAAUUACUUUGGAGUUCGAGCACGUUUAUAACAAAAUCGUGCGGAGGAAGCGGGGUGGCUGGUGCAUGGAAAACAACCAGCUGUUGGGUUGGGUCCUGAAACGCCUGGGGUACGACACCAGCUUUCUGGGAGCGUAUGUGUUCAAUCCACAUCAAAACGCGUAUGCUACCAUCAUGACCCAUCUCCUUGUAAAGGUAGUUAUUGAUGGCAAAGCCUAUAUUGUUGAUGGAGGCUUUGGUGUAUCCUAUCAGAUGUGGCAACCGAUGGAGCUCGUGUCGGGGAAAGACCAGCCCCAGGCUCCCGGUGUCUUUCGCUUCACGGAAAAAAAUGCCAUCUGGUACCUUGAGAAAAUGAGACGGAAACAAUACAUUCCCAAUCAAAGUUUCUCUAAUUCUGAUCUUCUGGAGAAAAAAGAGUGUCGGAAAGUUUAUAUGUUCAAUCUUGAGCCACGGACAGUGGAAGAGUUCCGUUUCCAGUGCACGUACCUUCAGACAUCUCCAGAUUCCCUCUUUACAAAGAAGUCCAUCUGCACCCUCCAGACCACCGAUGGCUUUCGAGCGCUAAUUGGGUGGACACUCACUGAGACCACAUACAACUACAAGGAAAAUAUGGAUCUGGUGGAAUUCAUAACGCUCGAAGAUGAAGAGGUGGAAAAAACACUCAAAGAGAAAUUCAAUGUAACCCUAGAUAGAAAACUUGUCCCAAUUAACGUCAAAGGAUUUUAUACAAUCUAGAUGACCAGAAAAACCUACAAUAACGCUACAUAUGUACAGUACCUUCCACUGUCUGCACAAUCACUACUGUAAGAUUAUGGGAUUCUCUUGCAGGUGAUUGAAGGAAAAAUACAUUAAUACCAGAUUAAAGUGAAAUUCACUCUGGGAAAAAUCAGGAAUUUAAGACUCUUCUGUCAGGUAGAAUUAUUUGCUGUGAGAUGACUGCAGUUCAAUUUUUGGCACAAAUGUAGGAUCUGAUUUGAAUCUGGUUAUAAAGUUGGGUAAUAAAUAUGUCUGGGAAAUUUUGGAGUGCCUAUAGCACAUAAAUAGGAGUAUGGAUUAUUAAUUGUGAUAUGCUGCCAACACAUUUUCUAUGGUUAUUAUAGGGAGAAAAGUCACCUAUGAGCAUUUAGACAAUGAAGUGUACAUUUAGAACUUCAUUUUUCACAAGAUCUAACCACUUGCAGCUCAUCUCAUUUCUCUACCUUUAAUGUAAGUAAAACAAUGUCACCUUUGAAAGGAGCAUUAGGAGGCAUAAUUCUCCCACUGUCAUCCUUAGACAAAACAUAGUACAAAAUGAAAAUUAUCAUCAUGUGCAUCCCUUUUGUCACUGCUGCAGUAAACUGCCCAAAGUAAUUUUUGGUAUGUACGUUAUUUUCUGGUGAAGCAAGUUGUAUAUAUUGCAGCAUUACUGUGGCUGAUGGGCUCUAAGAAGAUACCUACAAGCUUUGCUUCUGAUAAGUAAUCAUCCUAUAAAGGGUGAAUGGUGCUUAAAUAUCACAACUGGCUUAGAUUUACUUAUAUCUCAAAAGGGGUGGAAAUUUUAUAUUUUUAGCAUUGCAAGUAUAACAAAGGUAGAACAAUAAAGCUAAUCCCACUAUACCCUUAAUAUUGCCCUCUUUGUAUAUAGCAAAUACGGGAGUCCAUAUGGCUGUCCUGAACAAGUACCACUUAGCACAGGAGCUUUAGUGUCACAAGUGAGUUCAUUCAUCUGUAUCAAAGUGAAAAAAUCAAGGAGCCGGUCAAAUCUAAAGGAAACCCUUUCUUUAGAAUUAUUUCACAAUCACGUUUCCCCAUUUUUUUUACUUUUUUUUUUCAAAAAGCCCAAACAAGGAAACCACUGAGAAAGGGGAAACAUUCUCAAAUGCAUUGAAAAAAUAGCAGUAACACUGAAAAACACCCUUUCUCCCCAAUCCUGAGUAUUGGGCAAAUGUUGAUUCCUCUCACUGAUAGUGUGUCUUUUUGCUCAGAGACAUCAUCUGACCAUAAAUCUCAUAAAUGCUGUAAACGUAUACCUGAAAAUAAAUAAAGGAAAAUAAAAACAUAAA